CUUUUCUCUUUUUCUUCCUGUAUAUACAUAUCAUGUCUUAUUUUCGUUGUCCUGGUUCUUCUUCACUUGUGAGUGAAGCCAGCCUAUAUAGUUAUCAACCUAUUCCAGGCUUAGACGAAAGCCAACUCUCAGCUGACGAAAGUGAAGAAGGCGAACAAGAACCAAAAACCAUGUUAUAUACAGACAAUAAGCGAUGCUGGAUAUGCUUUGGUGAAGAGACAGACUCAGAAGGCAAAUGGGUCUAUCCUUGUCACUGCUCGCUUAUAAGUCAUGAGCAGUGUUUACUUGACUGGAUCGCCGAAACUCAAAAAAUCACACCUUUAAAGAAAGUCGCUUGUCCUCAAUGCUCUACUCGCUAUGUUUUAUCUGAAUCUCAUAGUUUUCCUUUAGCUUUCAUGAGCAUAGUGGAUAACCUAGUGCAUGUUGCUGCACCCUAUCUGACAGUGCUUGGUCUGGGUUGUUCCAUGUUAAUUACAUCCAGUACAUUAGGUGCUCAUAGUAUUCUGACCGUCUUUGGCACAAAAGAAGGCGAGCGAUUGAUUGGUAAUCCAGCCUAUUGGACAUGGCGAACAUGGUUAGGACUGCCUUCCAUUCCUGUUGCCCUGAUUGCAGCACGUACAAAAUGGGCAGACAAGGUGUUACCUGUCGCGGCUCUUUUGUUACUCAAAAUGACGGGUGUUUCGUAUCCGCUUAAGAUCAUAUGGCCUCCUUCGCCCGCUGUCAUGUUUGGUUUGUUACCUUGGGUGAGGCUAUUGUAUAACAACCUGUAUUCAUUCGUACAAAAAAGACUGUCAAAAAGACUCGUGCGUUCUCAGGAUCUGCCAAGAAGAAGAAACCAAGUAAUAGAAGAUAUGGACAGUAUAGAAGACAAUCAAGCAAGAGAUGUGGAUCAAGAUACCGAUAUUCUGUUUAAUAGAGAAGGAAGAGACAUGAGUGUGACUGUCAUUGGAGCCCUGCUAUGGCCAACCAUCAGUAGUAUAGUGGGAGGGUAAGCCAUGAUUGACUUGACCGUGGUAUUGAUGACACCGUUUUAGGUAUCUGGGUCAUUCCAAGUGGAUUCGUUAUUAUUUUCCCGAACAUUUUCAGCGAAAUGUCUUGGGAGGAUGUUUAUUUGUUCUGGCAAAGGAUAUUGCUAGUCUGUAUUACAAGUAUGAGCGUAUUCGUCGUAGAAAGACGCGCCGUAUUGUGAAUUACAAUGAGAGAAAGCUUAAAAGAUAAAAAGUGGAUUACUUACAUAAUAUAAAGGUGACUUGUGGUUUUUUAAAA